AUUUUGAGCAUGUAUUGAAGCAUAAUAUGUCAUGAGACAGUUCAUGGAUACCUUUGGUGAUGAGUACAGAACCGAAGGCAGGUGGCUCUUAUACCAUAGCACGAGUUCAAUGUGUUCAGUUUUGCUAUGACCGUCGUCUGGUCACGAGACAUCUCAGAGGUAGAACUCCUAUUUUAAGUUCAACGUAUUUGGUUUCUGUGUCAAAGAAGAAAGGACUACUACAAUGAAAUUCCGAACAUUUGUUCUGAUACUUUUGUGCCUUACGUGUCAUGCAAAUGAACAUCCGGAUACGAAACAAACGAAAUCAAAUGACGUCGAUUCGACAACGGAAUCUAAUGAACCACCAGAAGGAUAUUACGCUUUUGUUAAAUCACCGAACGCAGAACCGCCUAAAGUGAGGCCACCACCUUAUAUAGACAGCGAUAAAGAGUGCUACGAUACCGGUAAACAGGGAAAAGGUUUCGUUUCUAUACAUAAUAUUUGUGGAGACCUUAACAAGGGUUAUAUUCCACGGAAUCCUAUGAAUCAAUAUUUCAAUGGUUCGUCAUAUCCUUUUGCACUAUUGAAAAAUCACACGUUGAAAUUUUUGAGCAAAGCGUUGCCCAUACUCAAGGCCGAUGAUUCAUUACCGAAGGUGGCCACAGUUCAUUCGUACUUCCAAAACUCUGUGGACACUGACGAGAAACGGAGCAGAAGUAAACGAUCAUCCGAUUCAGAGAGCGCAUUGGACACUCUCAGAAAUGGUCGUAAAUUUUGCGAGAAUGGUGGAGGAGUAGUUUGCAUGCUGUACAAGGCUAUACAAGGUGAGCCAUUGGCUACCUCAGCAGCUGAGCGUCGUGACGAGCCUUCUACCCCCGAGUAUCGUCAACGAACACCGCCACAAGAGAAACCAGAGUACACCGGCCCACCUACUCCUUGCCCGGCUAAAGUGGAAUACGCGACACCGGUGUUCGCCAAGAAUUAUCAAGGAGUUUGGCGUUAUGUAGUUCAAAUACCUUACGAGGGUUACUUCACACAGACUAUUGAAGUAACCAGAUGCAUGCAAUCAAGAUGUCAUUAUUUGGAUGGUGGUUGUCUAUCAUCACCAAGAUGGACUAGUCUGCUAGUAGCGGAAAUUUUUUAUCCCGAUACAUUCGUGGAAGAAAAUCAAAACUCUAGAAUCAACGGUCUAAGAGAUAUUGCAGGUUCACCACCACCUGUUCACGAUUUUCAAAAUUAUCAACAAUAUUUACAGAAGCGUGCUGGUGAAAACGAAGCUCGAAACAGUGGAUCGCAGCAUCAUUGCGAUGGUGUUGAUGAAAUGGGUUGUUUCCAGGUAAGAUUGUACUAUGACUGGUUCCUGGUACCUGGAAGCUGCAAGUGUUGGCGUCCUGAUUAUUUCAACCGCUAUGUCCGUCGAAGCGGAUCUAACGUUGAAUUGUGAUAGAAGCUUUGUGUGUCAGAUCGCAUGGAUGAGCAAAGGGACGCGUUCAUGAAACUUAAAUCGAUAAACAUAUCGGAUUUCG